CUCUCACAUCCGGAACUUUUCUUGUUAGACAAUAGUUCCUUGUCGGACAUGUUAUGUGACAGUACGCACCACUGCUAGCAGGAGAUAAACAGAAUCCUGGUCCAACAUGGCAGAGACCCACAGUCUGCAGGACAUGAGGCCGCAGGCAGCCGUCGCUGCCAAAGUCUUCAUUCAGAGAGAUUACACCAACGGCACUGUGUGCCAGUUCCAGACCAAGUUUCCCUCUGAGCUGGAGACCAGGAUUGACAAGCAGCAGUUCGAGGAGACGGUGCGGAUGCUGAACAACCUGUACGCUGAGGCGGAGAAACUGGGCAGCCAGUCCUAUAUUGAAGGCUGUUUGGCCUGCCUCACGGCUUACACUGUGUUCCUGUGUAUGGAGACGCACUAUGAGAAGAUUUUAAAGAAGAUUGCAAAGUACAUUCAGGAGCAGAAUGAUAAGAUCUACGCACCACGAGGCCUCCUGCUCACCGACCCCAUCGAGAGAGGCCUCAGAGUUAUUGAGGUGACCAUCUUUGAAGACAGAAGCCUGACUAGAUAAAAGCAAACACGGAGCUUCUUGACAGCCUUGUAGGACCUUCAGCCAUGAUCUAAAAGUUGGAUGGAACACUGGACACCAGUUUGGUUUGACCACUGCUGCUGAAGCUGUCAGUCGGUGGUUUUCCUGUGGAUCAGGAUGAGGUAAUUUCUUGCUGAAGAAACCUUUGGACGCCCAGAUCUUGGUUUGUCUUCCAAGCUGUUGAUUGGUCUGUAUUUCUGCAGAGUGGAUCCAACAGCUGAAGGACUGCAUCUGCACUUCCUGGAUAUCUGACGGCAGCUGGACCUUUCUUGGCUGAGAAUCUGGAUGUUCAGGCAUGUUUCCUGUGUUAGGUUCCUUGUUUUAUCCAUUUUUGUCUCUGAAGAACUUUCAAAUGUGUUACUUUAUACAGACACGAAGCACAGCAACAAAAACUUAAUAAAAUAAAAAGGACAACCUUCACUAGUGGAUCGCUGGAACCAAAAUGACCCGAUACUCAACAUUUCUGAGGUAUUUUUAUGGAACCAAUCAAUUUUAUGCUUUUAAUGGCUUUUUUUUUUUUUUUUUAGAAUUUGUUGAAUAUUUUGGCUGUGACUGGACUAAAACAAAUUACACUUGAAGACCUAAGAGUGAUUCUUAAUGUGAUAUUUUACAAAUGAUGGGCUGUCUGAAAGCUUUUUCCACAACUGUAUGGCCUAAAAUAAGAAGGUGCAUCACCGAGAGGAGACAACUUUGUGGUCCAACAAACAAAAUAUCCUCUUCCUCAUUUUCCUUUUUGUGAAAUUAUCUCCAUUAAGCAUGUUCCAUCACAAUUAUCAUUCCGCAGCUCUUAUUCCCUAUCCAACUCACUUUAUUUUCGUAGAACCUUGAAACCUUUUGGGACAUCCCAGUAGAUCAUCGUCCACAGAUGGAUUUUAUAUCUUCCCUCUGGCAGGCACCUCAACAACACAUGUCAUCCCAUAAAUUGCUUCGUUCUCUGUUACAGUAAAUCCUUGUCUGUUUCUCUUGUGUACAGAAUAGAAAAAGACAGGGAAGCUCAUUUUGGAUGUGUUGAACCCAAAUCAUACUGAAAAGUACUUUGAGGCGGCUGGACAGCGCCCAGCAUGCACUGCAGCUCAGACGCCACCAUGAGGCAGAGAGAGACACAACCUGUAAAACUCCACCAGGGGAAUGUUGUGUUUGGCAGUGUUUCUGGGGCCACAGACCCCUGUGGCUGCUGAAACCAUUGCCCUACGACCGUAUAGACGCAUAUAGGGAUUCAUCUUCUCAUUUGAAAUUCCUGCUGAGGGCCUCGAUACAUAUACAUGUCCUGCUGAGGAAUGUAAGCCAGGACUUUUAUAAGUAGCUGUUGAUAGAGGAUUGUGUUGGAGCUUUGCCACAGACCGACAGGGUAAACCACAGCCAGCCAUCAGACUACGAACACACAGUUUUUAAGCCUCUUUUUCCUGCCAAGGUCUCUCCUUCUGUGUCUCCUCUGGGCUUAGACUGAUACAUCUGUAUAGAAGAACCACAUCAGCCUUUUAUUGGAGUCAUAUUGAGUCUCCAUUAAGCUCUGCUACAGUGAGCUUCCUCUUUUGCCAGUUUAUCUGAACAUAUGUCUGCUACCAAACUGUCCCCACUAUGAUACCCGUAGUUUUGUACUGGGCUCUUUUUUUAAAGCAGAUAUUUUUCCAGGGAACAAUGAAUCACAUGACUGAACAGAGUCAGGAUGCCGAAAUUCCGACUUCAGGAUGAUACCUGCAUGAAUUUAGCAGUACUGAUAGUGAAGCAAUGCCACAGCACAAACCUACCACAUCAAGAAAAACACAGUUGAAGAACUGAUGACACCUGAAGUAGGUUGUGUUGUAAUCUCUUGAUAAAGCAAAAACAGAAUUGACAUAUUUUGACUGUGAGGCAGUGGAGAAUGUGAAAAGAAGCCAGAAUUACUGAUCAGUUAGAUGGUGUUGAACAUGAGUGAACACUGUGUUUGUUUGCUGGAGUGUUUUCCACAUCAGUAAUAUAGAUAAAGAGAUAAAAACCAAACUAAACAGUUGUUACUGUCCCUAAUUACCUUAUCAAACUGAUGGUGGAAAAAGUUGGCUUUGUUUGACUUAAGCUACUGUUCAGAAGUCUGGGGUCAUCCAGCCAAUUCCGUGUUUUCCAUGAAAACUCACACUUUUAUCCAUGUGCUAACAUAACUGCACAAGGGUUUUCUAAUCAUCAAUUAGCCUUUCAACACCAUUAGCUAACACAAUGUAGCAUUAGAACACAGGAGUGAUGGUUGCUGGAAAUGUUCCUCUGUACCUCUAUGGAGAUAUUCCAUUAAAAAUCAACCAUUUCCAGAUAGAAUAGUCAUUUACCACAUUAACAAUGUCUACACUGGAUUUAUCAUUCAUUUAGUGGUAUCUUCAUUGAAAAAAAAUGCUUUUCUUUCAGAAAUAAGGACAUUUCUAAGUGAGCCCAGACUUCUAAAUGGUAGUGUACAUAUGGGGCAUAACAGUGUUUAGAAGAAGAAGAAAGAAAAUACUACAAAUUCUGGGCUACUUUUAAAAUAAUUGACAGGUAUAAUGUUGCUGGAGCAUUGUAGUUUUCCAUCCAUCCAUCAUCAGGGUCAUGGGGGGUGGAGUCUAUCCCAGCUGACUGAGGGUGAAGGCAGGGGACACCUGGACAGGUAACAGUCUAUCACAGGGCUACACAUGGAGACAAACAAUCACACUCACAUUCACACCUACAGACAAUUUAGAAUCACCAAUUAACCUCAGCAUGUUUCUGGACUGUGGGAGGAAGCUGGAGAACCUGGAGAAAAGCUACACAUGUAGAGGAGAACAUGGAGACUCCAUGCAGGAAGAUCCCAGGAAGGCUGGGAUGUGAACCAGGGAUCUACUAGCUGCAAGGCGACAGUACUAACCACUGAACCACUGUGCAGCCCACAUUGUACUUUUGAAAAACAAUUUAAAAAAAAAAAAAAAAAAGAAGAAGUUUCCUUCUUACUGGCGUCUGGCUGCUCCAGAACACAUGAAGCCUUUCUUUCCCAUCCCCUCUCCAUUCCUCUGUGGCUGGAGGCCCAGCAGAUUUACAGCAGGUUUAGCUGCUGGGAGCCUCCCAGGUGAAGCUCUGAUGGAUCAGCCUCUAGUGGGAUGUUUGCUCUGCAGAGAAACCACACUUGGCCAUCCUCACUGCUGAGCAUCCAUUCAGAGGCAGAUGGCGCCGAGUCGGUGUCCUGGCAUCCCGUCUAGAAGACAUUCUGCUCCUGAUAAGGUGUCGUUUGGCUCCGUGUUCAGACUUGCUGUGAAGCUACAGAACCCUGUAAAUCAGACUGCACACAGGAGAGUAUUUCGUGUCAGCGGGAAGCUAAAAUGGUACUCAUCAUCAGUUUGUUGUUCUUUUUGUUGUCUGAAAAGUGUUUUUAUCAGCUGUUAGAUUGUGUUUUCCACGCCAAACUAAACGAGCUGUCACUGUAUGAAGAGCUGUUUUCACACUCGAUUGUAAAUCAUCCAUUAGCAGAGCGCUCUGUUUAAACUGGUUUAAAUGUUAGACAUGCUGCAGGAACAACAGAACAGACUGUACCUGCUUCUCAUAACAAGGCUUUAAGAAACCAAAGACUAAUUACAGCCUGGAAUGCAGCGUUUUGUGGUGAACGUGUGAUAGACAUGGUUUACUGCAGUAUUUACUCUCUGGAUGGAUAAAUGGAAGUAAAUCCAACAGCUAUCACUGUCAGUCAGCUCAGUGUGAGGAAAAACACACUCAGGAAAGUUCCAGUGAACUAAAGUCUGGAGAAAAGUCCAGCUUCUGAUAAUGUGCAUCUCAGCUGAUUAACACGGUUAUCAAGUUAAUGAGCAGAUUAAUAUACAGGAUUAUUAGAUUAUUAGCAUCCAUUUAAAUGUAGCUUGAAAAAGAACUGAGAGAAAAAAGCAGCUGAUGCAUCUGGAGAAGGUUCAAAUGUAAAAAACUCAUCUUUCAAGGACAGUAUGGGAAGUGAAAAAGCUAAAAGUAUUUAAAUAACUACUUAACAAGAUCACUGAAACAGCUGAAGUUUCUUUUAAAAUAUGAGAUGAUAGCAGGUGAAGUGUUCUCCGACACAGAAAUGCUGUCUGUUAGCAUGUUUAGCUGCUUCCUCAUGCCUUCAGAAACCACAAGAACUUUUUCUUUCUGUUCUUCACAGAGUUCUUUCUUUUCCUGGGAAACAUUUUUAGAAUCAAAGCGCUGCAGAAGUCAUUGAAUUAACCAGAUAGUUUCCACUGUUGAUGCUGAAUCAUCACUUGGAUGCCGAGUCAUAAAUCAGCUCUCAUCCCUAUUUACCGUUUAGCUAACUGGGUUAGUGGCAUGUGUUUAAAUAAAUGAAAGCAGUUUCAUUUAGAGGAGCAGCUACAUAGAAUCCAGUACUGGCUAUGGCUGUAUUCUGGUUUCCACUGGAUGAACGUGCAGCCAAACCUUCAUACGUGUUCCUACUGCUGAGGCCCUGUCAGGAACAAAACCAGGACAGGUGUCACUGAGAGGCCCGUAGAACAACAGGGAGCUGGAGUUACAGGCUGUAAUCACUGAACUGUUGUAUUAUUAGUUUUUCAAUACAUUUUUAUUUUUUUUCAUCAAACUGGACUGAAUAUGGAACCUGAACUAGAGUGAGUUUGAGUCUCCCGAUCUAAAUGUUGCCCCAGGUGGUUGAACAUCCUAUAAUAAUGUGUUUGAGAAUUAAUUUUGUAUUCAGUAUCGAUCACUUCAGAGCUCCGUGUACAUCAGGAGAGUAAAACUCAUCUUAGUCCAGGUUCCACAUUCAGCCCAGUCUGAUCUCCAGUGGACCAGACCAGUAAAGCCACAGCAUAAUAACCUAUAAAUAACUCCUGGUGGUUCCUUUAAUUUAGUGCAAAAAUGUUCACAUUUAAGGAAUUAUCUUUUUACAAAACAUCAUGAGCAACCUGAAAUUUAUGAAGAAAAAUAAAUUCAGCCUCAGUUUAUCAUUUCCACAUUACAACUUCCAGAUCACAGAGUGUCUACAAAGGAACACAACAUUUAAUCAUCUGGAACUGAACCAUAGAGGAUUUACUGGAGGAUCAAAACGACAAAAGUCAGACAAAAAAAGACAAAAUAUUACACAAAUGAGGCAGAAAACAACAAAAAUUUAGACAAACUACACAAAGAAAAACAUAAAAACAGACAAAAGCAAGAAACAAAACAACCAAAAAAUAGAGAACACAAAUGAGAAAAAAAACACAAAACGACAAAAACUAUACGAAAAACUGAAUAUAGCAAAACACAAAAUGACAAAAAUAAGACAAAAACAUGAGACAAACGUCAGACAAAAUACAAGACAAAAUAUUACAAAAAUGAGACACAAAACAACAAAAGAACAAUGAAAAAUCUAAUAUUUUCCUUUAUGAUCAUAAUAACUUGUCAUGAUCUAGAAACUAUUUUAAAUUUCUAGUUUUACUAAUUUACAAUCUGCAGUUAAUGUCUUCUCUGGAAUUUUUACACUUUGAGGGCCGGAUUGGACCCUCUGGAGGACCGCUUUUGGCCCGCGGGCCGCAUGUUGGACACCCCUGCCGUACAUUAUCUGAAGCACAGUGGUUGUGGAUGCUGGGGGUUUACUUGCUGUUGUUGUGAAAGCUGAUUUAAUGACUGGUGUUGGUGU